AUGUCUGUUGACCUGUCUCCCGCUCUCUCCAACGAGGUCGUGCAUCGGGGAAAACAUGUGCCCGGCAUGCCUCCGCCUAGCUUGAACGGCCAACCUGGUCGGGACCAGAACACUUCUAGGGAAGCAUCUUCCUACUCGUCUCUGAACCAACACCUCCAUCAUCAACAAGUUUCAACACACUUGACGAUUAAAGACAUGACUGAUGUACUCGGUGUCCUCGUCAUCGCGACCAACGGCGCUCGCACGGAGUUCUACCAGGACCCGUACACCUACCAGCCCGCCUUCACGAUCUCGACGCCCCUCGGUGUGGCCGAGUCCUACAACCUCGGCGCGGCCCUGCGCCAGGAAUACUUCACGCCCUCGUCGCCCUCGUACGUCGCCGGAAUGAGCACGGACGUCAUGGACACGCACGAGGUGCACGUGCACGUCAAGGGCGGCGGCGAGGGCGCGGUCGUGUUCGACAGCGCGACGGCGGUGCUGCAGGGCCUGUUCCCGCCGAACACGCGCAACACGAUCGAGCUCGCGAACGAGACGGUGGUGACGUCGCCGCUCGGCGGGUACCAGUAUGUGCCGGUGGAGACGAUUCAGCCGGAGAGCGAUAAGAGUCUCGAGCCGUGGUUGGACUGUCCUAACUUUGAGAAGCAUGUUGCGAAGGUGUAUGGCUCGGGCGAGUUCAAGGAGGCUGCUGGCAACGCUAAGGGCUUUUUCGGCUUCGUCAAGGACUACGUCUUCGGUCGUGUUACCGCCCUCGAGAAUGCCUGGAACCUCUUCGACUACAUGAACACUGAGCUCACCUACAACAAGACAUACGCGUACCGCCUCCCGCCCACGCUCAUCGAGCAGGCCCGCGGCUGGGCCAACUUCCACGAAAACGCCGUCUUCUCUGACAAGGACCCCGGAGGAAUCGGCAACAUCGCUGGCCGCGCCAUCCUCUCGUCGCUCAUCUCCGCGCUCGAGCGCAUCGCAUUCAACGACGACCCGCUCAAGUUCUUCCUCAUCGAGACGUCCUACCAGCCGCUCAUCUCGCUCUUCCACCUGACCGAGAUGAACAGAGAGGACCCGCUCCUCGCUAGCAUCCCCAACCCCGCCUCCGCGCUCGCCAUCGAGCUCCGCCGCGGCCCCGCGCCCGACACGCGCGAUUUCCUCCGCUUCCAGUUCAAGAACGGCUCGUCCGGCGACUUCGAGCCCUACCACGUUCUCGGGCACAAGGCCGACAUCCCGCUCACCGAGUUCAUCUACCGCAUCGAGAACUACGCCAUCUCGAGCAACAAACAGUGGGCCUCCGCGUGCGGCGCCUCGCGCUUCUCCUCCGAGCUCCUCGACACCGCGUUCCCCGCCGCGGGGGGCGCACCGGCUAGCACAUCGCGCACCGCGCUGAGCGGGCUCUUCGCGCUCGUGUGCUUCGCCGGGCUCGUCAUGUUCGGCCGCUUCUUCCGCGCGCGCCGCGCCACCCAGGCGCACCAGCACCAACAGGGGCAGGGGCAGGGACAGGGCGCCGUCCGUCUGCACGGCGACGAGGUUACGCCGAUGGUUUCGGAGAAGCACCGUCAGCAGUUCUCUGCAUGA